GAGUCAUUGGCAUUUAGAGCUCAGAGAUCAUCCAACAAGUGGGCUCCCAGCCUGGGCUUUCUUUCCAUUGGAAUCACCUGGGAACCAGGCCCCACCUGCACAGGUUCUGAUGUAAUUGGUUAUGGGCUGUGACCUGGCUAUUGAGAGGUUUUAAAGCUCCCCACGGGGGUCUAAUGUCUGGCAAAGUUCAGAACCACAGAUUUAAACUCCUCAAUUUAAAUACGAAACAACUGAAGCCAAAACAGGUUUUGACAGCAGGUUGGACAUAGGAGUCUGAAUAGUCCUGAUAAUGGAUAAGACAGGACACUUUAUACAACAAUCAUUACUUAAUCCAUUUUUGCAUUUUCUGAAACACAGGUGACCCCAGGCUCCACCUGUGCGGUGUUUGGCCUUGGAGGAGUCGGCCUGUCGGUUGUCAUGGGCUGUAAAGUGGCUGGAGCAGCCAGGAUCAUUGGGGUGGACAUCAACAAAGACAAAUAUGGGAAGGCAAAGCAAUUGGGUGCCACUGAGUGCAUCAGCCCAGAGGACUUCAAGAAACCCAUCCACGAGGUGCUGAAGGAAAUGAGCGGUGGAGGUGUGGAUUUUUCAUUUGAAGUCGUUGGUCGGCUUGACACCAUGCUGGCUGCCUUGGAAAGCUGUCAUGAGGCAUAUGGGGUAAGCGUCAUUGUAGGAGUACCUCCUGAUUCCAAGAAUUUCUCUGUGAACCCCAUGCUGCUAUUGGGUGGACGUACCUGGACAGGAACAGUUUUUGGUGGCUUUAAGAGUAAAGAUUCCGUCCCCAAACUUGUGACUGACUUCAUGGCUAAGAAGUAUUCAUUCGACCCAUUAAUAACCCAUGUUUUACCUUUUGAGAAAAUAAAUGAAGCAUUUGACCUGCUUCGUUCUGGAAAGAGUAUCCGCACUGUCCUGACAUUUUGAGAUCAUACAAAGGCUUUCACUUGUAGCUGUCUUCUGGCUCCUUCAUCAUCUGGCACAUCAGACAAACAACAUCAAUAAUUCUGUUCUUCAGAGAUGUUGUCAAUAAAUUAUACAUGGGAGGUUUCCAUGGGAAAACAAGAAACAAAAAAUUAUGUGAAAACCUUUUUCAGGCAUAUUUUUAAAAUCCAAGUGAAGGAUAGAUGAGCCAUCAGCGGAUUAAUUGAAUCCAAUAAACAUUUUUCUUAAUCACUCCACUCACGUUGCAUGGUGUCGUCUUUCCCAUUAAGGAAAAGGAUUUCUUUGACUUCUUGCACGUUUUGUACCGUUGCCACCCUUAGUCACUGAAGCCCAGUGGGAGAGGUCCUCAUUUUACUUGUCCCCAGCACACACUUGAUGGGCUCUUGUGCUCGAAGUCUUCUACUUCUGCCUCUACUUCCACUGCCUGUAUUUUCCUUUCUAUGAAAUGUACCAAAGCCCAAAGGUAAAAACUGCCAGGGAAAGGGUAUACUCAGACUUUUAGAUGAAUAUGGACCAGGAUGUCUAAAUGCAGGAAAUUUCUUAGGGAAAUGUGGCACACACAUAUGAUACAGGGGAGUGUAUUUAUUGAUUUUAUACUCUUUGCUCUUAAUAUAUAACUGUUCUUUAAAAUAAAAGCAAUUUCGUGCUACCUGUGAUAAAUGUGAGGUUCAGAUAUUAAAUGUGAAAACUGAGCUAUUCCUAGAAACUUAUUAUAAAAAUCUGGAUUUUUACUCAUGAAAGUGCUUCAUUGGUUAAAACAUAUUAAUUAUUUCUCAUUAACUGAAAAUGAGUCUUACAUAACUAAAAAGUAAUAUGGUGGGUUAAAGUAUAUGGUUGAAGCAGGUGUGGAUACAGCAUAUAAAAUGAUAACUAAGAAAUGGCACAAACAUCAAAAGCAAUAUGUUUUCUAAACGUGUGCAUAUAUACAGAUGUACAAUUUUGCUAAAAUUAUUUUCUAUCUAGAACUUUUCUAUUAACUACCAUGUCUUAAAUCAAGCCUAUAACCCUGGAAUUAGUUUAAUAUUUUUAAAUAUGUGGAAGCCUGGGGUACGUUUGUUAAUGCUGUCCCACCAUCAGGGGAAGGUUUGCAUUUAGGCUUAAUCUCUAAAUGUGUAAUGGAAAGCUUAUUCCCGUAAGGAGUUUUAGCUCUCUCCAAAAGUGUAUUUGUUUCCAUGUCUAUAAUUUGUUUGGUGUUGUAGAAAGGACUCCAGACUAGGACAAGUGAUCUCCCACUUCUCUGUGACCUCCUGUAACUUACUCAACCUCUCUGAGUCCAUUUCACCCUUUAUUUUUAAAAAUUAUUCUACUGACCCAUUACAGCUCAGAAAGCUUAGAUGAGAUGAUGCCAGUUAGAGAGCUUUCUCAAUGAUGAAGUGCCAUAAAGAUGUAGGAGAUGGUACAAUUGUAUUGUAAGAGGCUGAGGGAGAUAUUGAGGUCCAGGCAGCUUCAGAAUGUCCCCUUGGGUCCAUGUGGCUGGGUGCUCCAAUGACUUCAUAUUGGUGCUGAUGAUGUGAGACCCAGAGGAAAAGAUGAUGGUUCUAAAUACCCACAUCACAAUAGUGAGCAUAAUGUUCUGCUGGUUGUACAAAGGCCUACAUCCAGCUUCAUCUUCCCUGCCGCCCAGGUUGUGGGGAGCGAGUGGAGAGCAGGAUGUAGGUCGGCAUGUCAGUGGCACAGUCCUCCUCCAUGGGGUGUGUGGAGAGGUUGAGGGUGGGUGCUUUUUGUGCACUGGCUCUCUGUAUACAUUGACGUUGGUGGGGAAGGAGACAGCUGAACUCAACAUAUA